AUGAGUCGUCAGCCCAGAUUGAACACAUCCCUGCGCCAGCAGGUCUACUCUUAUGUUGAGACUCCAAUCGAAAUGAGUCCGCCUGGCUUCCACACUUCAAAUUCCGCAGAUAUCCCCACAGACCAGACUACUACCUAUAACGAUCAAAUCUCGACUACCAAUCCCAGUCAGCACGAGAGCCUCCAGACACAUCCAGAUGCCAUAAGUGUUGCGUCCCAGGAACUCGAGCAGGCGCGGCAAAUCCACUUACAAGAGAGACAAGCUCUUGCUCUAAGGACGACCUGUCUCACAGAACACCCCGCACUAUCAGCACCUUAUGGGGAGGAAAAUACCUUGCCAAAGAGUCCGCCGGCACAUUCAUCUUCUCAAUAUCAGUCACCGCCAUACUCCCCCGGCCCACUGCCAGAAAAAAGACCUACAGAUUUCGAAUAUACCUCACCUCAGAAGAUAUCCAUUGCGCCAGAUACCAAUCCUUUACAAUCUCCACGCUCGCCAAUUCACCGUAUGGGAACAUUUCCAUCUACCAAUCAAGAAUCGCAGCCCGUGCAUGAAACGUAUCCGAAUCACCAGCCUGUACAGGACUCUGCGAAUGCGCUGAUGUCGGAACUUGUUGCCUGGGAAUGUCUUGCCCUUGCAUUCUCUACGGCCGAACGCAAUACCGACUACUGCGCAAAUCUCGAGGAGAAGAUCCAACCAACCUACUGGGAUACGAAACCUGUAACGGGUCAUGUACCUCAAUGGUAG